AUGGGAUCUCGACCACUGCGCAUCGCGGACGUCAUGGUACAGGAGGCAGAUGCUACGAUCUUCUCCAAGAGUAGCAACGCGCUUCCUCAGGUCGUCUGCCUCAGUGUCGACAGUUGGACACCACAGCUUCAUCUCCUCACUUCGCGAGAAACGCUAGACGCAUUCCGAAAAUUCGGCAAUUCCAGACAUUCACUAGUUACGCCGACCUUGCGAGUCCCCCAGAGGCGCUACACAGGGGCAAACAAAAUACGCUGA